CGAGUACUCCGGCAGUACCAGUACCGCGGAUUAGUACCACUGCUGCGGAUAGAACGAAACGAGAUCGGCGCUAGUACGACCCGAAAGGUACCGGCUCGUGGGAUUUUUAUUUUUCUUCGCCGGUUUUUUUUUUUUUCGGUACUACCGCGAUAUAAGGGAUUGUGGUACUGUGCAGUGAUGUAUUGUGCGAGCGGGGUGGUUUUGGUUUUGUUGCACGCGGUAACAUCGUUUGCACAAGAUUAUGAAGUCACCGAAAUCCAAUGCACGUUCGCGUUGGGCGCCAGCCUGCAGGGCACCAGGGACUCCAUCGUGGCGAAGCUGAAGAAACCGGAGGGCUUCAAGGGGCAUCCCCUGUUCGCCGACGACAGGGGCGUCGACGCCGAGACGGACGCCGCCUGCCAGAUCAGGCCCGAUCUCGGCGACCCCGCCGGCCUAAAGUACAACCUGAAAAUCCUCGAUUUCGGCCGGUGCGGCGUCCUCAAGCGAAACGGAUUCGUGCACGUGCGCGUGUGGUUCCCCCAAUUUCCCGGGGUAGUGAUGCAAUCCGAUCAAGAGUUGAUCAUCAUGUGCAAACCGCCCGAGCCUACUGUGAUUGAAAACAAAGCGGCAGGAUUCGCCGGUAGUUUUCCGCACGGGGCGCGAGUGUCGGGCGUCGUGGAGGAGACCCCGGGCCGUUUGGAGUACGAAGUGGCCUUGUACAAGGAAGCGCCGGCGGCCAGGAUAAGCAACGUGACCGGCGGCAGCGAGUUGCCCGUCGAUCAGGCGGUACCGAUCGGUACUAAGUUACAGCUGAGGGCGCGGAUCAGCCCGGACUCCGCCUGGAAGUACGUCAAAUUGAUGGAGGUCACCGUCAGCCCGGACCCCGACGAUCCCCACAUGAUGGGCAGCGUGGCUUUGAUCAAAGACGGAUGUCGCAACAAAGACUUUUCGUCGAUCAUACCGCACCAGCCGGCUAGGUACAGGGAGCGCCCCAACGAAGUCUUCCUCGACUUCGAGGCGUUCCUGCUGAGCACGAUGAAGGAGCGCUCGACGCUGUGGAUACACUCGCAGAUCAAGGCCUGCAUGGAGGCGAUCGACUGCCAGCCGGACUUCUGCCUCGACCUCUACGAGCCCUCGGGCCACGGCAGGCGGAAGAGGAGCGCCCAAAUCGAGGAGCAGGGCCUCAAUUCGACGCAUUUAGCCCGGAUCAAGGGCAACUUGGAGUACACGGUGCUGAUGCCGAGCGAGUUCUACCACAGGAAUCCCGGCGUCGAUGGAAGUUGCAGCACGUUUCUCGUUAUCGCCGCUAUUUUGGGGGCGCUGCUGUUCCUCUCGGCGUUCGUCAUGUGCUGGUUGGCUUCCAAGUUGCAUUCGACGUUGAUGGGGGUGAACGGGGACGGGAAGAACAUCGAUCAAUUGGUCAGGGAUAGCAGGAGGUAUUCGGAUUCGGGGUACACGGGCAGAGCGACUACUCAGUGACCAAAGGGUUGUUGGUAAUAGACUUGGUGCUGGAUGAAUUACCACGACUUUUGCUCGUUCUCUUCGCAUCGGGAGGAUUUGCUAUUUCGAAUUUCUGUCUAUGAAAUACUCUGUAUAAAACGGGCUAUUGUUAGUUGUUAGUUUAAUGCUGCUGUUUGUUUAGUUAUUAUUUAUUUAUUUAUUUCCAUUAGUUUAUCUGUUUUGUACAUAUUAUUUAUUGACUUUUGUGUUAGAAAAAAUAUUGGAAAUCUCUGCGAAUUUUCAUAAAUGCCGGCGCAUUUGUAAAAAAUCGUUCGUUUCGAAUCGAAAGAGAGGAAUUUCCAAUAUUCGGGAAGGUGAAUUUGCAGUUGUUUUUUUUUGUAUCGAUUCGAAUUA